AUGACCACCACUGGUGUAAAUGGAUUACCUCAUCUCCGCUUUUUUACUUCCGACUUCUGUCCCUUCGCACAGCGAGCACGUAUAGCUCUAGAGUGGUUUAAGAUCCCAUUCGAGUUGAUUGAAGCCCUGAGUUUGCCUGAAGGUGCUGCGGAAUAUAAGAAGCAUCCUCUACUGCUCGAGAAGAAUCCAAAAGGCCUUAUCCCAACGCUGCUCGUCAACUGGCCUGAUGGACGCGAAGAAGUCGUCACCGAGUCUCUCGUUGUGGUGGAGUAUAUAGACAACUUGGCUGCCAAGUUCGGCUUCCCCGGAGAACCUUUGCUACCUCGGGAUGACCCCACGGAGAGGCAACGUCUCCUCGAGAGGGCUACCUUCUAUAACAAGAACAUCACCUCACCAUUCUACGCGGUCCUAAUGCGGGGUGAUAAAGCCGAGUUCGACAAGAUGGUUGCCGGCGCCGAGAAGUUCAUCUCGGAGGUGCACCUCGUUCCGCUACGGAUGAGAGGGCCUUUCUUCAACGGCUCAGCGAUGAGUAUUGUCGAUAUCGCUGCUUAUCCUUGGAUACUAAGAUCGUUCCUCCUGGGCUAUUAUAAAGGUCCAGCAUUUGCUUUUGAUCGAUCGUCCCUGCCGCAGCUCGCUGAACUAUUCGAGUGGUAUGACCGAAUGUCGGCAGUCGAUGCAGUUAAGGCCACCAUCAUGGAUAAUCGUUACUACAUCGAGGCGUGA